AUGACUACCAAGGCUAUCGUAUUCGUUGAGAAGGGCAAGGCCACUAUCCAGGAGGUCUCGAAGCCCAAGCUUCGAGACGAUUAUAUCCUCGUCAAGGUCAAUGCCGUUGGCUUGAACCCUACCGACUGGAAGCAUAUCGACUUCGGCCUCACUAAACCUGGCUCUAGAAUCGGAUGCGACUACGCUGGUACCGUCGAGGAAGUUGGUCCCAAGGUUACCAAGGCUUUCAAGAAGGGCGACCGGAUUAGCGGUGUAGUCCAUGGAGCUGACGCAACUCAGCUCGAGAACGGAGGCUUUGCCGACUACAUUGUGGCAAAGGGAGAUGUACAGAUCAAGACGCCCGAUAAUGUUACUGACGAGGAGGCUGCUACCCUUGGUAUCUCUAUUGCCACAGUAGGCCAAGGCCUUUAUAAGACUCUGGGAUUGCCUCUACCCACUGAGGGCAAAAAGAGCGAUGAGUUUAUCCUUAUUUACGGCGGCAGCACUGCAACUGGCAUUUAUGGUAUUCAGUUCGCCAAACUUUCGGGGCUGAAGGUUAUCGCGACUGCUUCUCCUCACAACUUCGACUAUCUCAAGUCGCUCGGAGCCGAGGCAGUCUUUGACUACAAGUCGCCCAACGUCGCUGAAGAAAUUCGCAAGUACACCAACAAUACACUGAAACUCGCCUGGGACUGCACCGCGCAAGGCGUCGCCAUCAGCGCUGGAGCUAUCAGCACCGAGGGCGGCAAGUACGCUACUCUUCUGCCAGUCGACAAGCAGCAGUUGCUCGACGUGAACCCCAAGGUCGAUGGACCCUAUGUAACGCUUAUGUAUUCCAUCUUUGGCGAGCGAUUCUUCAAGGGACAGGAGACGCCUGCUCAGCCUGAAGAGUUUGAGUUCGCGAAGAAGUUCUGGGAGAUCAGCCGACAGUUGCUUGAAGAGGGCAAGCUAAAGGCUCCCCAGGCGUUUGUUAACCGGGGCGGCAGUGGCUUUGAGGGUAUUCUGAAGGGCUUGGAUGAAUUGAGAGCGAACAAGGUUUCCGGAGGAAAGCUUGUGUAUACUCUGUGA